AUGGGUCUCUUCAGGCGCAGCGCAAGUCAUGCUGACAGUAUUGUAUCGCCCACAUCUGUAGAAACUCCGCCCACCGGAUCGGAGGACAAACAUUCCGCCGUGCAUCAAGAGACGGCAUCGAUGGAUCAUGUAUCGAAAUGGAAGCAUCCCAAGUCCGGCGGUGGCGAUGUUGCCCAAGCACUCUUCAGCUCACCCGAGGAGGUCAGAGAGCCUAUAGAUCCAGCUGAAGAGCGUCGAGUGGUGAGGAAGAUAGACAUGAUGAUAUUGCCAUAUCUGGCCGUCUGCUAUGCAUUCUUCUACAUCGACAAGACCACACUAAGCUACGCCGCCAUCUUCGGUAUUCGGGAAGAUCUCAAUCUCGUCGGAGCGGAAUAUUCCUGGCUAUCAAGUAUCUUCUACUUUGGAUUUCUCGCUUGGGCCUUGCCUACGAAUUUCCUUCUUCAACGCCUUCCAGUCGGACGAUAUUUGGGCUUCAACAUCUUCCUAUGGGGAGCCUUCUUGAUGCUCCAGGCCGCUGCCCCAAACUUCGCAGCCCUCGCAGCUCUUCGAGCUCUCGCGGGUGCUGCGGAGGCUGUGGCAGAUCCGGCGUUCAUGCUGGUUACUGCGAUGUGGUAUACUCGUCGACAACAGCCUAUUCGCAUGGGUCUGUGGUAUACGGCGAAUGGUUUUGGGAUUGCGCUUGGUGGAUUGUUGGGCCCGGUUACGGCCAAGGGGCUUUCUCAACGUGAGAAACAGAUUGCUGUGGAGAGGAUGAGAGAAGAUCAGACUGGUGUUGAGAACAAAAGCUUCAAGUCCUAUCAAGUGUACGAAGCCCUUUGUGACUACAAGCUUUAUCUGUUCUUCCUCCUGGGCAUAGUCUGCAACGUCCCGAAUGGGGGUAUAUCUAACUUCGGAACCAUCAUCAUAAAGGGCUUCGGCUUCUCCACGCUCGUCACAACCCUCAUGCAAGUACCCUAUGGCUUCAUCAUCGCAAUCGCCAUCCUCACAUGCGUCUACCUAAACGACUACAUGGCGCGAAACGGCAAACAAACACGCUGCUACUUCAUCCUCAUCUUCCUCCUCCCAAACAUCGCCGGCUCCUUCGGCCUGCGCUAUCUUUCCGAAGACAACAUGGCUGGAAGAUUGGUCAGCAUAUUAUUUAACUGGGUUUUACAACGCCUCCUUCUGCAUGAUCCUCUCCCUCACAACCGCCAAUACAGCAGGCCAUACCAAAAAAGUCCUGACAAAUGCCGUGCUGUUUCUCGGGUACUGUACGGGAAAUAUCGCCGGACCCUUUUUUUUUAUCUCAGCUCGCAGGCGCCGCGAUACGAACUUGGGAUCUGGAGUAUGAUUGUUUCGCACUUGAUCGAAUUCUGUAUCAUUGUCUUGUUGAGAUUUCUUCUGGCGAGGGAAAAUAAGAGACGGGAUGUUGUUCAGAGUAUGCAAGAAGGAGGGAGGGCUUGA